UGAUUAGUAUAGAAUAUUAAUAUCUCCCUUCAUAAAUCACUGAGAAGCAACCCUGAAGCAUGAUAGUAGUGCUGCAGUUAUAUUUGGUUUGCACCAAACAUUCAAGACACCAAGGUUAAUUUUAGUGUCCUGAGACCACAAUUAUAUAUAUAUAUAUAUAUAUAUAAAUCAGGUUUGUUACAAGGCUUCUAGCAAAAUUCAGGAAUGAUGCAAUGUUCAUCUUUUUCAGAAGUGGUUUCCUUCUCGUUGAGUGCCAAAUUUGCAGUGCUGAGAAUAUUGAUGUCAGCCAAAAUGCCCUGCAUCGCGGUCAGUACUGUAGCUGGCCUCUUGGUCACCCUAAUGACAGCUUCCCUCUUUUUUUCUGUUGCUCAGUUAGGCCUGGAUUGUGCCCAAUGUUUUUUUUUUUUAAUCCAUUCUGUUCAACUUAACUUAAUGUGUAUAGGAAGAUUUAAAGCUUUGCCAAUAAUAUUAUAACGUUUUGUAGCUUUUUUAAUUCUUCAGUUCUUCUGAAAGUUCCAUUUCACAGGCUGAUCUUUUGUUUUAGUGAAUAGAAGCAGCCGAACACACUAAAAUAACUGAUUAUACCACUUGAUUUAGUGUCUCUAAAACAGAUUUAGUAUGAUUAUGUAUUACUUUCUUCUGUGGAACAUGAGAUUUUAGGCAUUCUGCCUGAUAUUCUCAAUUCUAAAGAAAGUAUCAGGAACAACAUGAGGGUGAGUAAACGAUGACAGAAUUUUUAUUUUGGGUGAACUAUUCCUUUAAUGGCGGAAAGGAACUUGCAAUGCAAUUUUACUGUGUACCACAAGAGAGCGGCAAUGUGUUUGUAAUCCAAAGAGGCUUCACAUUCACGUUUGAGAGCUUGUGUAUUUAUCAUGUAUUGCUGCAUUUUUAUUAUGUGUGUUUAUAUGUAUGUUAUAAUAUUCUAAGUGUGUAAAAAAUGUAUUUUCACUGAAAUUUGCAUUUUUGUUGCAUUUUUCGUUGUUACUUCCAAUCCAUAAACAAAUAAUAAAAAAAAUCACGGAACUUCGCAAAAUCCGUGUUUCUGUACGGAGUGUUAUCAAUGUAACACGCGUUUUAUGCUAACCGCGGGCUUCAAUCUACAUACAGGGGAGCAGUCUUACAAAACUCAUUUUCAAUCUAUUGCAUUUGACAAGAAUGACAGUUUUUUGUAUUUGACAAACAGUACAAUCACCAUGAAUCUUGACAGGCUUCGUAAAAGAGUGAGACACUACAUUGAUCAGCAACAGUAUCAAAGUGCUCUGUUCUGGGCUGACAAAGUAGCAUCCUUAUCACAUGAGGAUCCUCAAGACAUUUAUUGGUUAGCACAGUGCCUUUAUUUAACAGCACAGUAUCACAGAGCCUCUCAUGCGCUCAGAUCUCGCAAACUUGACAAGUUAUAUGGAGCCUGUCAGUAUCUAGCCGCAAGAUGUCACUAUGCUGCCAAAGAAUAUCAACAAGCUCUAGACAUACUGGAUAUGGAGGAAGCAGCCAGUAAAAAAAUAUUGGAGAAGAAUGUAAAGGAGGAUAAUGGCUCAAGAGAAACCGUAAAGGAAUGGGAAAUGUCUCCUGCUUCAAUCAAUAGUUCCAUCUGUCUCCUGCGGGGGAAGAUCUAUGAUGCUAUGGACAACAGACCCCUAGCCACGUCUAGCUACAAAGAGGCCUUGAAACUGGAUGUCUACUGCUUUGAAGCCUUUGACCUUUUGACGUCCCAUCACAUGCUGACAGCCCAAGAGGAGAAAGAUUUCUUGGAUUCUCUGCCCUUAAGUCAACAAUGUACAGAAGAGGAAGUGGAAUUGCUGCGUUUCCUUUUUGAAAAUAAGCUAAAGAAGUAUAACAAACCUAGCGAGAUGGUCGUCCCAGAAAUAGUCAACGGUCUCCAGGACAACUUGGAUGUUGUCGUCUCCCUUGCAGAGCGACAUUAUUACAACUGUGACUUUAAAAUGUGCUAUUCUCUUACUUCAAUGGUUAUGGUGAAAGACCCAUUUCAUGCUAACUGUUUACCAGUGCACAUAGGAACCCUUGUUGAGCUGAGCAAAGCAAAUGAGUUGUUUUACCUGUCUCAUAAACUGGUGGAUUUGUAUCCCAGCAAUCCAGUUUCGUGGUUUGCUGUUGGUUGUUACUACCUCAUGGUUGGGCAUAAAAACGAACACGCAAGGCGGUAUCUCAGUAAAGCCACCACACUGGAGCGCACAUACGGACCGGCAUGGAUAGCAUACGGCCACUCGUUUGCUGUGGAGAGCGAACACGAUCAGGCCAUGGCUGCGUACUUCACUGCUGCCCAGCUCAUGAAAGGAUGUCACUUGCCCAUGUUGUACAUUGGUUUGGAGUAUGGACUCACUAACAACCCCAAGCUGGCAGAACGUUUCUUUAGCCAGGCCCUCAGCAUUGCGCCUGAGGACCCCUUUGUCAUACAUGAAGUAGCUGUGGUUGCCUUCCAAAAUGGAGAUUAUAAAACAGCCGAGAAGUUGUUUUUAGAUGCUAUGGAUAAGAUCAAGGCCAUUGGAAAUGAGGUGACAGUAGACAAAUGGGAGCCGCUCUUAAACAAUUUGGGCCAUGUGUGUCGAAAAUUGAAGAAAUAUGAACAGGCUCUCGAAUACCACAGGCAAGCUUUGGUCCUCAUCCCACAGAAUGCCUCCACUUACUCAGCCAUCGGUUAUGUGCACAGCCUCAUGGGAGAUUUUGAGAGUGCCAUCGACUACUUUCACACUGCACUUGGUCUUAAACGAGAUGACACAUUUUCAGUAACCAUGCUGGGUCAUUGCAUUGAAAUGUAUAUCAGUGACUCGGAUGCUUACAUUGGAACUGAUAUUAAAGACAAAGUUAGAAAGACCCUCAGCACGCCUGCACUGAUGAAGAUGCUCAACACUUCUGCCGAAGGCAAUGAGAGCAGAGCACAACCCGUAGAAGAGGUGAACGUGUGCCUGGAAACGCAGUCUUUCAACGCUGACAAACAAACCGAUGCUUUCCAGCGCUUCCUCUUAGAAUGCGACAUGCACGAGAGCGAUAUGAUGCUGGAGACGUCCAUGUCUGACACCAGCACGUGAUUGAGACCUGUAAAUGGGUCAAAGAGGAACUUUGAGCAUGAGAUAAUGAUAGAAUGUGACGCUAAAGAGGACACAACCAGCCCACCCUCCCUUCAUCCGCCACCCCUGCCGUGUCCUCCGUGUUGGACCCCUGUGGAUUUUUUACUAUGAAUAAAUGUAAAAAAGUGAUUGCGAAAGGGUUCAAAUGAUUUAAUCAAUAAACCCUGCAUCCAUAUUUUUACACAGAUUUGUGUAUUCUCAUUGGUGCUCUAUUAAAACACCUGUUUUGUGGAUGAGGCUGAACAAAAUGUCAUUUUUAUAUUGCCAAUCAGUUGAUAACAUUUAUCUGCUGACAUUUGCAUGUAGUUUAUAAAACCAUGAAAUUAGUCAACCAAAGGAAGUUAUUUGCAACGACUUUGAUAGUGAUUUUAUCAGUCAUCUCAAAUCUGUGUCUGAAGUUGAGAAUGCAAGGUAAUCUGUGCAUUUCUUGUGCAAGUCACCAAAAUCGGCCCACAGAUUUUAUCAACGUUAUACAUUUUAGGAAAUUUGUUUUUGUAGCACUUUGUAAAUGCUUGAAGUUAGUUUGUCCAACCACAUCAGUAGUGAAAUACAAGAAUAUCAUAAUUCAUACAAUUUAUGUGAUAACAGUGUACAGUGUCAGAAGUUUGGAAUAAUUAAAGAUUUUUAAAAAUGU